UGGUGUGCUCAGCCCUCUGGCGUAGGGUAUGAGAGGCUCUGCAUUCCACUCCUUCCGUGGGGCCCGCAGUGACUCUGCCUUCUGUGUGUCCAGCCCGGCUCCCUCUCCCUUCCCACUGCUGCAGAGUAGGCCAAAUCCAAAUCCUGCCCAGGGUGGGGCUCCGCUCAUCACAGUCCAAGCCCAAGUGCAGCAGAGUGCAGAGGACUCCACUCGGUCAGCAGCAGCACAGGACUCAGCAAACAACACAGUGCGGAGAGGAUGCUGGUCUCGAGGCGGCCCAAGACGCUGCUGCUUCUCACAGCACUCCUCGUCCCCUCUGGGUCUCUGGGUAUGGAGCUCCGGUCACUCACACCCGAUUUCUUCCUUUGCCGCAGGCUGGAUAACCCCAGGCGUCAGCGGUCAGCAACAAGAUGAUGUGACUGAAGAAACAUUCACAGAUGAUCCUAAUCUGGUGAAUGAUCCAUCUACUGAUGAAACAGUUCUGGCUGAUAUCGAGCCUUCCACAGAUGACCUGGCUUCGACCAAUGAUAAAAACGCCACUGCAGAGUGCCGGGAUGAGAAAUUCGCUUGCACAAGACUGUACUCGGUACAUCGGCCAGUCAGGCAGUGUGUCCACCAGGUUUGCUUCACCAGUGUACGGCGCACGUACAUCAUCAACAAUGAAAUCUGCUCCCGGCUUGUCUGCAAGGAGCACGAGGCCAUGAAAGAUGAGCUGUGCCGGCAGAGGGCAGGUCUGCCCCCAAGGCGACUCCGCCGCUCCAGCUACUUCCGACUUCCUCUCUGUGACAAUGUGGAUUCGCAGUGACCUCUGGACUGUGAUCAUCAAGGAAGAAGAAAGCCGGAACAUGGGAAUUCUGCUUCUCCAUCUGCUGUCAGUUAAUCCAGAGACAUCACUAUUUCCUAAGUCAGUCUUCCUAUAGUGUCUAGCUGUUGCCUCUGCUCCCUAAGCUUUCAGAGUCUGAUAACAUUUAUCUCUGUUUUCAGUACUUUAAAUGUAAUUGUUACAUAGUUUUGCUGCUUCCCAAAAUCAUAGGCACAGUGGAUACGUGAUGACUUCCUGACUGGAGAAACAUUCUACAUACUGUUUUCAGAAGAGAACAAAAUUUAUAUAUAUACACAUAUAUGUAUAUGUAUAUGUAUAUGUAUAUGUAUAUGUAUAUAUUUUUGCAUUAGGCCUUGGUUUAAUUUCCUCAUCUUUUGUUACUUUUAAGGUUUUCAUUCUAUGAAUCUCUGCAUUUGGAUGCACUGGAGCCUAGAUAUGCUAUCACUGCAUUCAUAUAUAUAUAUAUAUAUAUAUAUAUAUAUAUAUAUUUGGCGGUGCUAAGAAUUGACUGCAAGGCCUCACGAAUGCUAGGUAAGAGCUCUAGGACUGAGCUACAGCCCCGGCCUUUUAGGUUAAUAAUCUUAACCAUUAAAUGUGUUGGAGCGAGAUCUUAGGUGGAAGUGCUGUUCUUGCCUAUUUUGGCUGGCCAUAGAGCUUCAACUAUUUUGCAUUUCUGGCUUCUAGAUCAACCUCCCAUCAUUCCUCCAUAUUCAUUUUAAAUGUUUAGCUUUGAUUGUCCUAACUUCUGCCUGGGAGGUCUUUUAAGGAGAGGUAUGAUGGUAAUUUUUAUGGUCCUACGAGACUGUCCAACACAGCCAAGGAUUUUAUAAUCUUGCAUAAAUACAUGAAGACCUAGGAUUGUGCUCUGCCACACUUGGAGGCUGGGGCUACAGAGAGAGGACAACACUGGUUAUAGACCUUGCACUCUAAAUUUCAGUUUGUCAUGCCUUUGUCCCAUCAAGAAGUGGGGUGGGGGGCUGGUCCGAAGGUAGUGAGUUAUCUCAAUUGAUUGUUCACAGUCAGUUCAGAUUGAACUCCUUGUUCUACUCUUACUCCCCUUCUCACUACUGCACUUGACUAGUCUAAAAGAAAGAAAGAAAGAAAGAAAGAAAGAAAGAAAGAAAGAAAGAAAGAAAGAAAGAAAGAAAUGGGAUGGGGAAUGAAGCCUGGUUUUCUGAUUCAUGUAUUAUUCAUUACUAUCAUCAUCAUUAUUAUUAUUAUUAUCAUGUAUUAUUAGUAUUCACGUGCUGCAGGUGGCCUCCUCCACCAAGCAAGUUAAACUUCUUUUGAGACUGCACCCAUGUUUCUGACUUCCCUCAAACUGUGCUUGUUCCCCAUCACCACUUCCCCCCUGCACAGGUACAGCUUCCUGUGCCAGUGCCUUCUAGAAUAUUCUGACUGGGUCCUAAGAAGGGAGGAUGGAUCCAAACUUCAAUAGGCAAGCAGAAAACUUACCUAAUGUUUAAAACGAAAGGGGAAAAAGUCACUUACCUUGGCUCUCUCCGUAACCAUGAAGCCUCAGGUAGAGCUGUAUUUUUCUGAUGAGCCUUGGUUUAAUUUCCUCAUAUUUUGUUUUAAGGGUUUCAUUCUAUGAAUCUCUGGGUUUGGAUGCACUGGAGCCUACAUAUGCUGUCACCAACCACAUUCACAGCAAGCCUGCAUGCUUGCUUUGCCCUAGGUAUGGACAGCAGUCCAGCAACGCAGCCAGUGCAGUCCUGGGGUUGAACCCAGGGCCUCCUGCAUGCUACACACUCUGCUGCUGAGCUACUCUCCCUGCCACCAAAAUCCCAUUUUAAUAAAUGACAAGCAUUUACCAUGAACUCUUCCUUCAGAACUCUUCCUUCUGAAUAAUAAAAACUUUCCAUAGAAGCCAGUGGAAUUCACAUGGGAACUAGGAGACAAAGGUUACAUAUGACAGUAGGGGUUGGAUUCCUUUCUGUAGCUGAGGAAACUAGUGAAAUGAGGCUCAGAUUCUUUUCUUCUUUUAUAGUGCUGGGGAUCGAAUGCAGGCAAGGACCCUACCAAGGAUCUGCAUCCUCAGCCCUUUUUAUUUUAUUUUGAGACAAGAUGUCACUAACUUGCCCAGGCUGCCCUCUAACUUUGAGUCCUCUUGACUCAAGUAGUAGGAAUUGUAGGCACGUGGCAGGACACCUGGCAAUGACUGGGUUCUUGCUGCUGAACAACUUACGGCCUGGAGCUGUAGCGCAGAGGCAGAGCACUUGCCUACCAUGAGCAAUGCCCGUAACCCAACAAGAAAAAAACAAAACAAUCACACCCCCCCAUGAAAGAAUGAAAGAAAGGAGAGAGGAAAAAUUUCAGUUCAAUGCGAUUUGCACAACUGGUAAAAGAGAAAAACCCCAAUUCGUAUAAUCUCUGCUACACAUAGUAUCUAGAAUUAAAUAUAUUCAUAUGUAAAUAUAAUAAAAAUGUUGUAGUGACUGUUGAGACACCAUGGGCACAGAUUUUCUAAGAAUUUCUUCAAAAUGCUCCAAAUUUGAAGUAACGAGAUGGAUAUUAACUAACCUGAUUUUUUUUUCUUUGUGAGAUGGAGUUUUACUAGGCAGUUCAGGCUGGCCUUGAACUCACUUUGUAGCCCAGACUGACAUGGGCCUCACAACAAUCCUUCUGCUUCAGCCUCCUGAGUGCUGGUAUUAUAGGCAUGUGCCAUCACGACUGGCACGAUUAAACUGAUUUGAACAGUGCAUAUAGUGUACAUGUAUUGAAAUCUGAACACAUGCUUCAUAAAUAUGCAGUGAUUGCAUGUUAAUAAAAAUGUAAGCAAAAAGUUUAAGGAGACGGAAAUAUGAACUACCUUGAUAUGAUCAUUGCAUGCUACAGACAUGUACUGAACUAGUACACUGUGCCAUAUGUUAGGUCUGAGAAAGGGGGGAUGGAGAAGGAAGGAAGGAGUGGGGAAGGAGUGGAGUGGCCGACGGUGGUGGCUGCAAAGAUAAGAAGUAUAAAAUAUAAGUAACCUUUAUUUUGGGAAUGCGGGGAGAGACCCCCCCAGCCCCCCGGGGCGCAGCAUCUCCACUCCGGGGCCGCGAGCUCUCUCUGGAAUACACUCUCUCUCUUGAACACGUGGAGUGAGGCCCACAAGUAGCCUCUGUCUGGGGUGGACCCUAAGGGGUAUUAGGUAUUCACAGGUAGCCCAUUGGCACACGUUUGGCGCCAGAGGUAGGUUACUAAGCGCAGGGGUAUAGGGUUACAGGUAAAUCUCUAAGGGGCGGGGGAGGCAGGAGCUCCUUAAUUUGGCUGAGGCUUCUCCUGGUUAAAGUGUCCGGUCUGGGCCAGCAACUCUUUCACCAUACAUCUGUAUAUUUAACAUGAUAAUCAACAACUAAUAAAUCAAUUCAAUGUUUAUUUUAGGAAACAUUUUUAAAAGUCACUUUGUUCUUGGAAGUUGAGAAAAUACAAAAAAGAAAAAACAAAGUUCUCAUGAGCAGGACUCUCUGAUGCCUAUUGAAGGAGAUAUGUCUGACAUCUCCAGUGGGUAGCACUGUGGUGUAUGUAUUGCAAAUUAAAUAUUUAAAAAUGAAUUUUUACCAUUUCCUCUCAGAA